UUUCCCACACAUCCAUCUCUUCCAAUGGCCUCCUCUUCUCCUCUUCGUCGUUCUUGCUCGCUGGCCCGAGAUUCUAUGCAGCACUACUCUUCUUCCACGCUAAUCCUCGGUUACACCCCCGCCGCUUUGGAUUCUCUCGGUUUUGUCUGGCGCUGUGUGAAAGAUAAGUGAUCUAAAGAUGUUUACCCUUGGGAGAAGCAGUUCUUCAAUUAUGAAUGCCCCAUUACAUGGUGGCAACUAACUCAUGCCAAUCGAUUUAUGUCAUACAAAAAAGUUCAAGAAUGGGAUGAUUCUGCUGGAUUAGAGGCUUUUCAGAAUGCAAAUUUCUGCCAGUGGGCAAAGAUUAACAACUGCCAAUGCAAUAUUCCUUUACCAGAUCCGGAUAUGUACAUCGAUGAUGUUGACUAUGAUGUAUUUAUUGAUCCAGAGUUGGUGGCAGAUUUGGAUUAUUGUGAGCAAAAACAAGCUGCAGCCAGAAGAGGUCUUACCAAUCAACAACUAUCUGCAAAAUCUGAUGUUCUUGAUAUAGGUAAUACAAUCAAACCAAGUGGAUGCAAAGUUGCAGAAAGUAGUUAUAGCUACGGUGUGAACGGUAAAUCUUCCAAUGCUUGGAAUUCUGCAAGUUGGGGCAGGAAUGGUGCUUACGGCGGUAGAUGGAGAACAAGUAAUUCUUGGGGUGAUGCAUGCGUGAAGUAUAGUUAUAAGGGGAAUGAGCUAGAUAAUGCCUGGAACGCUGGUUUGCCCGAAACAUCAGGGUGCCAUGGAAACACUAACAAUCAAGCAGGUAGAAAGUAUGGCAGGGGUCGCUUUGAUUCGAGAACGAUGACCUCGGUAUUCAAGACUGAUCACUGCCUAUUAAACGGUGGUCGAAAAAAUUUCAGAGGGAAGCAAAGCAGGUCUGAUCAUAAUGAGACGACAAUUUAUCCGGGAAGGCGGACAACUCUGCAGUGGAGACCUAAAUCUUCUGUGCCAGGGAAAAAUCAAGCACCAAAUGACUCUGAGAAAUUAGUAUCUCAAUGAAUUGACCUUGGUCUCAACAUAAUAUACUGAGCAUCAAUUAGGCCCAGGAGUGAAUGUUUUGCAGGGGUUGUCUCGUACUUUAUUUAUGUUUGCUAAUAUGAUCAAAUUUGAUUCCUAGUGUUUUCCUAUUGUGAGAUAUUUAUGUGUAUGCAGAAUUGCAGAUAAUUUGCAGCUUUGUGGUCAUGAAAUAGACUGUUGUAUCUAUUAUUUCUGAUGAAUUACAUGCUUGCAAUCAAAGGUGAGUGCAUGCAAAUAAUUAAAAGUAUGUUUUUGUAUCUGAUUGGAUAA